GAUCGUGAUGUCACGAUGUACAUGUCAACAGCCUUAGCGACGCUCCUAGUGCUGCAGUGUUGUGAUCUGUGUGUGACAAUCAGAGUCCCAAUUUAUUGGGACAAUGGUGAUAAUAGUGAAGUGAAUGAUAAACAAAACGACUAUUCUGUUGUGACUAUUAAACCUGACGCCCAAUUUACACAGCAGAAGCCGAUACCGCUCGAAUAUUUUGAGUACACAGCAAAGAAACCGCAAUUUGCUAUCGAUGUAGCUGCGUUUCACGGUGUGCAGUCGCCAGAAACUCAUUACAAAGCAUACCCUAUUAGGCCUUAUACGGGACAAGAAAAGCCUGAUUUAGGAAAACAUAGGCUACAAGACCAAAAUAGAGAUAUAUAUCGUCCAUUACAAAAAUUUACGAAGUCCGUUGGAAAUUUACAAAAUCAUGUCACGCCUGUAAUUUCGGAUUAUGAAGUUUUUCAUCCAUAUAAGGCAGAAGAACCAGCAUUACAAGAAUUAUACAAGGAUCCAGUGUUCCAUAAAAUUCGAAAUGAUUUGCGAGACGCGAGUAAGAAUAUUGAAAAUUAUGAGAAAAAAGAAGAAAAGCCGAAUAAUACAAAGGAUGAAUACUUAGAGUCUCCAGAUCAAAUUGAUCAGAAAAAAAUCCCACAUAGAAAUGUGCCAACUCAGUUUGAAAUACAUAGACCACAACGAAGACCUAUAUACUACAAGCGACUUCCAAAAUUUCGUAAUAGAGAUCAAAUUUUGAAUCACAAAUUUAAGCACCCAUGGAACCAAAAUUAUGUGAAAAUUCGACCAGUGCAUUAUAAUCCUUUAAAAAAUUAUUUACAGAGAUUAAGGCAACAUCAAGCAUUGACAUAUGAUGAUGAACGUAAUGAAUACCCACAAGUACCUGUCAAGGAAGAUAUCAUUGAACCAUCAGACGGAUACGAUAUUUACGAAAAUGGCAAAGCGAAAUAUAUGCAACUAAGAAACAAUAUUGAUGAAUCGAUAAAUAAAGCUGUAGUAGCGAAUCGGCCCCUGAUAUCUCAAAAUUUGGAGCUUCAAAAUGAAGAUCAGCCGCCUGAAGAUGAAGAGAAUGAAUUCGUACCCGUAAAAAAUUAUGCUCAAGUAAGAAAAACUGAAACAACUAAGCAUUUACCAAAAGAAGCAGCAUUUGAAGAUGCAGAUAGCUACGAAGAAAUACGAAAUGCACCACGUUUAAAAGAAGCUGUGAAAACUACAAAGGCACAAACUGUAUAUACAGAGGAAGGUUAUGAAGAUUCGGCGUAUGAUCAUGCAGGUGAACAAAAACAUGCUUCAGACCAUGAAGGACAUGGUGGAUAUCUUAAAGAACAAGAGAUUAGUGGAGGUAAAUAUAAAAUACCAACUGUAAGUGGCAGUUUUGAUGACGCUCAUGGAUCUGCAUAUCAAAAUAAUAAAUUACAUGGAACAAAAUGGAAACAUAGUGACGAAAAUAAUAAGGAAAAUAUAGAUUCUGAAGAUUACUCUGAGAAUGAUCAACAACAGUCUGUUGAAGCAAAAAUUUACAAAGAAGGUAUUAAUGACAGUAGUAACGACGAUGAUGAAUCUGAAACUGACCUUGAAAAUACGAACGAUAUGAAUAAUCAUGAUGUAAAUAAACGAGAAGCAAAUUUUAAAGUUCCUGAAAUAAAUUUGAAUACAACAUAUUUAACUGAAGACGAAAUACUGGAAAUUGCUAAAGAAAAAGUAAUUAUUAAUAAUGAUUUCAAAUUAAAAUAUCCAUAUUACCAUAAAAAACUCAAGUCAUUAAACAAAGAUUCUCCGCUCAGGUAUGCAGAAAACCUGAAACUUAUACCUAAGAAAUCAGAGGGAGGUACUGAAUUUUACGAUUCUAGAUCACAACUGGUAUGUCCUGAGGUAGACGAAAACGUUGAUGCUAUACCAAACAAACUGAAAAGAAAAGGUCACCCAGACGGCGAUGAAAAUUCUGCUCAGAAUGAUGAAAAGGAAAUUGAGGUACUUGAGGAACAACCUCGUCUUAAACGGCUAGGUGAUAAAAUAGAUUGUUUUAAGGCAAAAUACUUUGGUGAAAAUCCCCUAGACAGUCCAUUUUUUAAGGAAGAGUUAAUAGCCAAUCCUGAUCCAAUUAUUUUGCCAAAUAUUCCAACAUAUAAAAUAAAAGAAAAUCGUGAGCAAUUUUCACUUAAACCAAUAAUUAAUACAAUAAAUAAAGAAAAAAAUAACAAAAAUAGUAAAAGAGAUGUUUAUGAUUUAAUCGACAAGUUAAGAAAUAAACAAUUUACACCAAAAGAAUCUUUGAAAAAUGACAGUGAUUAUUUACGAUUAUUACUUAUAUCUCCUCAAGAUACAUCUAUUAAUAAUAGUCAAAUAUUGCAGGAAUCAAGGUUUUCUAUGGAUCUUAUUGAUAACAUUGAAGACAAUACGUCAAAUUUUACAUCCAAUACUGAUAAAAAUAAGACAGAUAUUAAUUUAUUGAAUGAUACUGUGCAUAACAAAUCUGAUGGUAAUGUUACCUAUGAGUUCUUUAAAAAUAAAGAAGAAAUUAAGAAAAUAUCUAAAAGUAAUAGAAAGAAAAGAGCAGCACCCUUUAUAUACGAACCCUAUAAAAUAAUAAGAGAUGGACAAAUUCAAGAAUCUAAACGGACAACGACAUCUAGUAAUAUAAGCCCACUUAUAAAACAGCUUCAGUCCAGUAAUGUUGCUGAUAAAUUCACAAAUGUAAAUCAAGACAAAAAUUCUACUAAACAAAAUAAUAGUCGUAUGUAUAAAGAUAUUGGUAAAAGAGACAGGGAACAGUCAAAAAAUUCAAAAGAAAAUAUUGGAACCUCUGUACGAAUUGUUGAUGUUAAUAUUGACAAACGACGGGGCGAACCAAGGUACGAAAUAAGACCUUCCAAUCAUAAAUGGCAAUAUUCUCCAGUUGAAAACAGAAAAGCUAUGUCUGUAAAAGACUAUGAAGCACAAACUAAUAGUAAAAGAAAUAAAGAUAAACUUCAGUCACGAUCAUUAUCACUAAACCGUAACAAAUCAGAUUUUACACAAGAAGAUAUACAAACGCCGGCAGCAUCAAAUACUAUUAAAAAGACUAUUAUAACCACCACUACUCCUCCUGCAUCAGAAAUAAACAAUAACAGUGAUGAGAGUGAGGAAGAAUAUGAUGAAUAUGAAGAGGAAGACGAGGAAGAGAAAGUUGAAAUUAUUACUACAACAACUACAACUACACCAAAACCAAUAUUCCGAAGAAAACUUAAAACAACAACUACUACAGAACAAAAUGUAAAAGUAGAGAGUGCGACGACCGAGAUUCCGAAAUUACGAUUAGUUACAAGAUUCCGUAAUUCUCCACAUGUUCAUGAAGACAAACAUGAGCAGAAAAACAAUUCCAAAGCAAAUACAUAUAAUGAUGCCAAUAAUUCUCCAAAGUACAGAGAAAAGAAAAAAAAGAGUACGAAAAGUACAUUAGUAACCGACACAAAAAGCUACGGCGAAGAUGAUGAUAACAUGAGAGAAGAAGAAGUUGAUGCAUUGAUUGGAGUUAAACAAGAUAUGAAUGAUUAUAUGCCUCUAUAUGAAAAAGAAGCAAGAGAAAAAGAGAAUCAGUCAAUAAGAUCUAGUGAAGAAAAUAGCAGCGAAGAAGAUGAUUAUGAAGAUGAAGACGACGAAAGUGGUAUUGAAGAUGAUGAAGAUGAGGACGAUGAAGACGAUGAAGACGAGGAGGAAAAUGUACCUAUACUGAUAACAACGACGCCAGAACCUACUAAACGUACUUUGAUUAUGACUACUUCAGCUCCAUUAUCAAUAACUGAACCAGUAACAACGGAACCUAAGAGAAAACCUAUAGUUUUAAAGAAAAAAAUAGAAAUACAUAAGGAGUUACCAGUUAAUAAAUCAUCACCUCAUAUUACUCAAUAUAAACAAGACAUCAAAGAAAUAGAAAUUGUUAAAGAAAUGCCUCGAAAUAUUGUUCAUAAGAUGCCAAAAAAAAAUUCAGAACUAUUAGAGUUAUACAAAGAUGAAAAUCUGGCAAAAAAUGUAAAUAAAUUAGAUGCUGUAGAAGUAUUCAAAGAAGAUUUGGAUCUUAAGAAUAGUCCAAGACAUGGAGGAAAUUAUAAAAGUGCUAAAACAGUUCAACAAAUUAAGGAAACUCCUACCUCUAAACUAGUACAUAGAGAUAAUUCUAGAGUUCCUAAAGAAGAUGCAGAAGCUUCUCAAAGUGAAUAUAAAAAAUCUAUAGAGUUUGAUGACGAUAUAUCAUCUAUAAGAAUGCACGGAGGUAAUUUAAAAGCUAUUGCGAAUAUAAAAAACUAUAAUAAAAGUGAUAACAAAAAUGUCAAAUUGGUAGAACUCGCAGAAAUACCAGAAAAUAAUCCUAUACCAGUACAUAGUGGUAACCUGAGACUACUUAAGGAUAUGAAACGAAGACAUGUUAAGGAAAAUGAAAAAUUAAUUGAACUAAGUGAUGAUGAUGUUGAGGAUUAUGACGAUGUUCCUUCUACGCAUACAGACAAUUAUAAACCUUAUAGCUCUAGACAUGGGGGUGGGUCUAUGCAUGGUGGUAAUUACAAAAGUGCGAGGCUUGUGCGAACAGAAAAAAGAAAACCAGAAUCUUCUGCUAAAAAGGAACAAUCUAAUAUAAAUGUUGAUAGUCAAAAAGAUCCUAGAGCCAAAGCUGCAGUACUGCUAAAUAGUUUCGCACAAGCAGUACCCAUAUUAACAACUACGCCUGCGUAUAUAUUAGAUCCAAGUAAACGUAUGUAUUAUUACGUUGAAGCUUAAAUAUAAUUAAAUUAAUUCAUAAUUAAAUUCAUAACAGCCUUUUGUCCUUUGAUAUAUGUAUUCAAAGUAAUUAUAGGUUAUGACUGUAAUAGAAAGUGCCACAAAGUGUGUUUUAUGUUACUUUUAUUAAACAAAUAUUGUUAAAGUAAA